CUGUUGGGAAAGAGUGCUGCAGUCCUUCUCUGGAGUGGAGAGACUCUCUAAACUUUCUUCCUCGCCAUCCCUUGAUCUCUAAAAAUGUAACUCAACUCGCUCUCUGGCAAAUAAGACUAAAAUAGUAACUCUGCUACUAAUAGCUCUCUCUCUUUAUCUGUGUUUGGGACUGAUCGGUUCAGGGGGACCAUGUUGGAGGGGAUUUUACCCCAGAUGCCCCCACCCUUGACCCUUCUGGGGGUGGUGCUGGUGCUGUUUUUGCUCUACCUGCUCUCCUCUACCCCUGGAACUGGAAAAGACCCACCAGGACCCAGACCCCUGCCUCUUUUUGGGAACCUGUUCCACCUGGACCUGAAGCGGCUCCAUGUGUCUCUCUGUGAGCUGUCUAAGAAAUAUGGAUCUGUGUUCACUUUACACUUGGGCCCAAAGAAGGUGGUUGUCCUGGCAGGCUGCAAGACUGUCAAACAGGCGCUGGUAAACUACGCAGAAGAGUUUGGAGACCGGGAAAUUGCGCCCAUAUUUAGAGAGAGCUUGCAAGGACACGGUAUUGUAUUCUCCAACGGAAACUCCUGGAAGGAGAUGAGACGCUUCUCCCUCACCAACCUGCGAGACUUUGGAAUGGGCAAGAGGGGGAGUGAGGAGAAGAUCAUUGAGGAAUGUCGCCACCUCAUCGAGGUGUUUGAGAAUUUUAAAGGUGUGCCUUUCAACACCAUUCAGCCACUGAAUUACUCCGUCUCCAACGUAAUCAGCGCCAUCAUAUACGGCUUCCGCUUUGACGACACUGACCCUGCCUUCCAACAAAUGGUCAACAGCACCAAUGAAAAUAUCCAGCUGUGUGGUUCAGCGGAAAUACUGGUGUACAACAUGUUCCCCUGGCUGCGCUGGUGUUGUGGCUGGUGGCUGAUGAAUCGGACCCAGAUUUUGAAGCAGGACAAAUGCAACAUCAGCAAGAUUAAGGGGCUGGCGCAGGGACUGAAGGACACGCUCAACCCCCAGGAGCUCAGGGGAUUUGUGGACUCCUUCCUAGUUCAGCAGCAGGAGGAGUCAGACCAGCCAAGUUCCUACUUCCACAACGACAACCUGAACAUUACUGUCUACAACCUGUUUGCAGCAGGGACAGAUACCUCUGCAACCACCCUGAGAUGGGGCCUGCUGCUGAUGGCUAAGUACCCGCACAUACAGGACCAGGUUCAGGAGGAGCUGAGUCGGGUCAUUGGGGACCGGGAACCCCGGAUGGAGGACCGGAGGAACCUGCCCUACAUAGACGCCGUGAUCCACGAGACCCAGAGACUGGCUAACAUUGUACCCAUGAGCCUUUUCCACACCACCAGCUGUGACGUCACCUUCCAGGGACACUUCAUCAAGAAGGGAACUAUGGUGAUCCCACUCCUGACGUCAGUGCUGCAGGAUGAGGAAGAGUGGGAGACCCCCCACAGCUUCAACCCCGGCCACUUCCUGGAUGAGAAGGGCUGCUUCAUCAAGCGAGAUGCCUUCAUGCCCUUCUCUGCAGGGCGACGGGCCUGUCCGGGAGAGAGCCUGGCCAGGAUGGAGCUCUUCCUCUUCUUCACCUUCCUCCUGCAGAGGUUCCGCUUCACACCACCACCGGGGGUGUCUGAGGAUGAGCUGGACCUGACACCAGCUGUGGGGCUCACCCUCAGCCCUUCUCCCCACCAGCUGUGUGCUGUGAGCCGGGCCUAAACCCCACUCCAGCUGAUGGGUGCGAAUCUCACCUUUUCUGUUCUUCACCAAACCUUUCUUGGUCACAAGUUACAGGAACUUUUGUUUGACUCACAGUAUAAGUGUCAGCUUAUUAUUGUCAUUAUUAUUCAAUGUAUUUCUCCCCUCCACCACUGUGAAUACCUUGAUCCAUCCAUUUCCUGAAUUUACUGAAGAAAUGGACCCUACCUUCCAGGUUUGAGACUGAAAUGUUAAAUUCUUUACGAUACAUGUAGAUUACAUGUCGACUUUCUUUGAUUAUUUCAGAAAGUGCUUCAAUGGUUAAAAUAGAGAUAAAGUUGAGGUCAUUUUGCAUUUUAGUGUCAUUUCCACUGACCCUUGGAAUGCAAAGUAUUAAUGUUUUCCGUAAGUGAUCAGCCCCUGCAUAUAUUCAAUCACUGCAAUCAGAAGUUCCGCUACUUCGGGAUGCCUGGCACCUCCCCCUCGCCGCACCUGCACUUCUAUGCCAUAUGCCAUAGAUUAUAAUAGCAUUCAUAUACAGUUAUUGUUUUACUCUGGAUAUUCUAGGUGCCAACUGUCGUAUACUCGUUGAUGUAUUCUCCAAGUUAGUUGAUGUGUUCUUCAAGGGUUCAAAAUCCAUGUGGUCACACUAGGACUCGGAACUGUACUUUCCAUCGCAUUUGUCCCGAUUUGUUCGAUUUGCACUUCCUUGUGCACAUCAUGAUAAAUAUAAGUAUUUAACGGGUUCAGCUGAUUCAGAUUCAAACCAAAGGAAACAAGGCCUCACCUCCCUCGUUCUCGACACACAAACCCUUGUGCUCCUCUCAACAAAAAUGCAACCACAAAGACAUUAUCAUUUCUGUCUAUUUGCUAAAAAACACUAUUAUUAAAUUCACUACCAUCCAUGUAAAAAUGAACUGUGCAAUCUGUGUCUGAAUGUAAGGAAAUAAAGGUUUAAAUCUG